CGGUUCUUUGAAUCUUACGAUGGAGGUAGAAAAACCCUCCGAAACAUCGGUAACGAUCUACGAGACUAUACUGCUUUAGGCCCCAGGAGACAUUAAUCUUUAUAGUUACCGCCAUGAUGAAUUCAGGUCUCACUCUUGCACAGCGCUUGGUUCGAAACUCGCCCGGGAGAUCGCUAUUCGGACUGAUACUUUUCAUGAUUUUCCUCAGAUCCUGCUCACAAAUUCGGGGGUAGAUUGUGAAUUAGGCGACUGCCGCUUCCUACCAAAUCCUUUUGAAACUGUCAUUAAUCACUCUUAACUUGACGCUGUGUAGUCUAGAUGCUAGAUGACGUUACAGUUACACACGUAUUAGAAACGGCUCUUAACGACUCCUAAGGCGAAGCUCAUCUGCCGAAGAACAUUUUAAGUGUGGGUUCGUACCUCACAGGGAACACUGUGCUUUCUCAUUUAUAGAGGCCAGGCGGUUAGUGAUGCUUGCGCAACAGUUGCCGUUUGCUCUCAAACCCAAGCGAGUCCUGUGCAGAUGAAAUGUCGUGUUAAGUAAACCUAAAAUAAGGCCUUGGAAGCGUGUGACAGUUUAUUGUGUUCGUCUUUCUGAAGAAAUGGCCGUGAACAUAUGUUCCUGUCUUGCUGACAUACGGUUAGUCGCGAAGUGAGUGUGUGCACCAAAUGACACGUCCGUUCUAACACGGCUGAGUUUAUCCCCGCCGAAAUGGGCAGCCUGGCGUCCCUACUUCCGGAUCAAGAGGACGCCCCUCCGUGUUCAGUGUCACCCAACUCGACGUCCCUGGUUCUGCAGAAGCCUGAGGAUCCGAGGGACGAGACCUUGCGCCGCUACUCCUACGGAGUGGCCAUGCCGGCUAUCUGCUUCCUCGGCAUCCUGGGAAACGUGCUCAACCUGGUGGUACUGACGAGGCGCAACAUGAAGGGCAUAGCUUACAUCUACAUGAGGGGCUACUCUGCGGCUGCGCUGCUCGCCAUCUUGUUCGCCAUUCCCUUCAGCCUGAGGCUCAGGAUAUACAAAGACUCGGGCCGGUGGAGCAACCUGCCCCAGGCUCUGUACCAUGAACACAUGGAGCUCUUUCUGGGAAACGCCUGCUUGGGCGUCGGCGUUAUGAUGCUGCUGGCGCUCACUGUGGAGCGCUAUGUAUCCGUGUGCCACCCCGGAAGCAGCCAGCCCCUGAUGGGGCCCCCGCGCCUUAUCGUGUCGCUCAUUCCCCCACUCACGUUCCUACUGUACCUCCCCAACGUGUUCCGCAAUGAACUGAGGCCGUGUUUCGCCUCCCCCGAUGGGCCCCUGUUCUACCAGAGGGAGGACAACAAGCGGUUCCUCAAUUCAGUGUUCUACUCUGUCUACAAGGUGGUGCUGGAGGUCGUUUUCAAGGUGGGGCCCACCGUCCUGCUAGCAGCCCUUAACAUGAGGAUAAUGAUCGUGUACCGCCGGUCCUGCGAGCGAAGGCGCAGGAUGACCCUGUGCAGGACCUCUUCAGACGAGGAUCCCCGGAAAUUCGCAGAGGAGCGGCGCCUUAUCCUGCUGCUGGGCAGCACGUCGAUCCUCUUCCUGGUGUGCGUCUCCCCGAUGGUCAUCCUGAACGUGACGCUCUCCGAGACGAACCUGAGCCUCUACUCCUACCAGGUGUUCCGGGCCGUGGCGAACCUCCUGGAGGUCACCAACUACUCCAUGACCUUCUACAUUUACUGUUUGUUUUCUGAAGACUUUAGGAACACGCUCCUGAGGACAUUCAGAUGGCCUUGGAAAGGAAGUGCGCCGACAGCAUUCCCAGACGCCCAUAAUGCCGUGGUCAAGAAGCACGUGACCGGAACCAAGUCCAGCGCUCCGCCCACAACAACCACAACGUCGGCGACGAACAACAACAGCGCCGCAACAACAGUUUGCCUGUCCGUGGGUUCUAACAACACAACGCAAAAAUUAUUGAAGGGGUUGAGGGGUUGCCGGCCCCUUCAGGGGUACGGAGACGGUGGCACUGCCAGUGUAUAACGGGAACCUACCCGUCAUAACGCGGGGAACCCCCCCCCCCGUCCGUGUUGCCAGGCCCGGCUAUUCUGGCAGAGGGUCCAUUGGCCCAUGUGCGGUGUUUGGGAGUUAUAUGCCCUUCUUCUUUCUCGCGAUGCAGCGGCAACCACUGCCUCGCUAUAUCCUGACGCUUACUCAAUAUGCCGGUUCUGAAGGAAACUUGUGUCACAGUGCAUCGUCUUUCUUUUCGAAACAACUUAGCAUAUGCUUAAUUGAGCACUGGGUCAUGAAGACUUGUGGCAGAGUGGAGGUAUAGUUCCAUGCAUUCUUAACCCCAGCACUAGAUUAAGGUGAGUCAGUGGUCAGCCUCGAAAACCGGCCGCUUUACCCUCCAGGAAGGUCCCCCCCCCCAAUUUCCAAUUGUAUAUUAACGAUGGGUGGGCCCCGCAGCCAGUGUGGACGGUCUGAACAGGAGACCAACUCCGUGACUCUGCUGGGAAUCGAACCCUGUUUCUAGUCACUGUACUGAAUUAGCUACCUAACUUCAAGUAAUUUUCAUGCAGAGCUCUGCGAGUGUGGAUGGUUGGGUUCCUGGAUUUUGCUCAUUCGUUCGUUCAUCCGAACAUUAGACGACGUUUCGGGAACUAUUUCUGAUGGACAUAACUGAAUAAUACACACCUUUUUACCAGAGGACGGAAGCAGAUUCAAUAUCCGAAACGCUGUGUUCUGUUUUAAUAUUAUACAAUGGGAAAAGUCGAGAAACUCAGUAAUAAUGUAGAGUGCUGUCUUCAGGUACAUAACGCCGUGUAGUCUGGUAGAAGUUAGCCGACGUUUCGGAAAGUGCGCACCAGUCUUCAGAGUCAGAGAUAUGCUAAGCAAGAGCAAGAAGUAAUCACCAAGUUUCCUGUGGCGAUGAACUUUCGCCGGACUACACGGCGUCACAUUUGUAUCCUAUACCACGCUGUCAAAAUUCUUGGCAUGAGAUAGAUUUUAAUGCUAACUUUAUAAUCUACCUAUAAGUUAAAAACAAAGCUAAAUAAAUUA